AUGGAGCUACUGGAGCUAGUGGAGCUACUGGAGCUAGUGGAGCUACUGGAGCUACUGGAGCUAGUGGAGCUACUGGAGCUAGUGGAGCUAAAUCCAACCGUUACAUUCUGGACUCUUUAUCUCAUGGACAUGUUUGGUCCAGGGCAAAUGAUUUCCACUCUCUUUCCGGCAGUUUUUCAUUCACCUGCUCACUUCUUCCCUGCGUUCCCAACCAGACUGGGCUCACCGCCUCCAAUCCUCAUCCCAGGGCCGUUUUUCAGCUACGAAUCUCUGAGGAGUUACCUUCAGCCAGAGCCGUGCAAGGAAGCUUUGCUGCUGGCCACACAGGCGGCUGGGACUGGGCCCCUAACAGAAAGCAAAGAUGAACAGAGGCCAGUGAAGCAGCGGCGGGCACGAGCCAACUACAGCAGCUGGCAGCUGGAGGAGCUGGAGAAGGCGUUCCACAGCACCCACUACCCAGACGUCUUCAUGAGGGAGGCCCUGGCCCUCAGGCUGGAUCUGAUCGAGGCCAGAGUUCAGGUUUGGUUUCAGAACCGUCGAGCCAAGAUGAGGCGGCAGCUGAAGCUUCAAGGCCAGCUCGCACGGCCUCACGUGACACGAGACCACAGGGACAUUUCUGAGAGCAGGAGCAAACAGACAGGAGGUUGUGACGGCGAGGCCUGGGGGGGGCAACAGGAAGGAGACGACUACCCAUGGACAAAAGCUCCAGCUCCUCCGCUGAGCGUGCAGAAGCAGCCCGUGGUCCUGACGUUGGGGAAGUGGGAGAGGCCCGAGGGGUCAGAGGGCUUGAGCUCGGAGCAGCUUCGCUCCUGCAGCAUCGCCAAGCUGCGGGCCAAAGCCAGAGCGCACGAGGCGGAGCUCCACAGCACUGUGCACGUGACGGGCGGACACGUGGAGCCACAAACACUGUGCACUCACUCAUCGCCUGCUUCCUGUUUGUACUAA